CUGAGGUUGUCGAAAUUGUGAGUUUAAAGGCCAAUCAGACUCAUAACCUGUUGAGUCGAACUGUUGGUACAACCUUUGUGGAGCAAAUGGAUGAGGAUUUGUUUGGUGAACAUGGGAGAAGCAGUGAAGACCCACUAAAAAAAUUGACCAAGUCACCAGUGCUGGAUGGCUAUGCUGAUGAGGGACCCCAUGAGGAACUCAUACAUGAUGAGCACAAACCUGACCACGUUACGAGGGUUAAACAGCAGCCCCAAAAGACUCUUCGUUCUCGGAAGCAACAAAGGAGUAAACCCAAAGCCCCAAUUUUUGCAAUAAGCGGUCUCAUCACACCUGAGAAUGCACAUCUCAUGAAAUUUUUAUUUAGGAAGAAUGGAAUUGGAGAAGACAAGUGGAGUGAAGUAGUAGCUAGUUAUGGUGACUACGCCGUUACUAGAAAGGAAUUUCAGUGUCUCUCUCCAGCAACUCCACUAUCUUGCAAGGUCAUAAACAUAUCUGCGGCGUAUUUGAAUGAGCCGGAGUCAGAACAUUGGUUUCUCCCUUCCUUUUUUGGGGAACGAGCGAGGGUAAAAGAUGAAUCAUGUAGCUAUGCUAAGUGGCUCACAUCAACCAUUGAGAUGUGUGGUCUGAAGAGGUUUCAUCGCCGUCUCCAACAAUGCUCCAAGAUAUUCAUUCCCUUGCACGACAAUAUGGAAGACCACUGGAUUCUGUUGGUCAUGCACCUCCCUGAAAAAAAGGCAGAGGUGCUGGACAGCUUCCCUGAUGUAAGGUCACGUGAGAGGCGAAUGGAUCAUGCAAGAGAUGUGAUGGCAAUGUUGCAGAAGGUAUUUGGUACUGAAACAACAUGGUCAAACUCCAAAUUUUAUCAUUUUCCAUCAUUCACUCUUAACUUUUCGGACUUUAACCCAACGCAUGAACAAAAAUCUGAGAGCGGGGUAUUUGUUAUAAGGCACAUGCAGUACUACCGUGGCAUGUGGUCAACAACGUUUCAUUCGGAGGACCAGCGUACUCGAUUGGCACUUGAAAUUGUUCUUCAUCCAAGGAAUGAACACCGUCAAAUAUUGAUUGGAGCAGCAGCAGGAGCUUCGAUGCCGCCAAUAGGUGAAAGUGAGCUAUUCAAAAAUAUUCCUCUUCCACCAACCGGAAGAAAGUUUCGUAGCCACCGUAAGCGGCGAGAUCAUGUGUCGAAGGACGUCUAGGUUAUAUCUUGGUCUUAAGUAUUAAUUAAAUGACAGUUUGAGUAAUUUAUUGUGAGAGCCCAUACCCAAAACAAGGUCGUUUUUAUUUUGU